CAUUCUUAAAUUUGUUCAUUGAAUUAUUUUCUUGAUAUACUAAAACUUCAAUUAAUUUGGACCUAAUUUUGUAUGAACUAAGAACACCGCAAAGCUAAAAACAGUUGGGGCCGCGUAAUUAAACUACUGCUUCCCAUUACUGCAAUUCUCAUUUACUCCAUUAGUUUGCUCAAUCGCGUUUAUAGUUAAAACAACGCCACCUUGAAAAAAACACACAGCUAGCCUUUCUAAUACUCUCUACACUUCAAUUUUCUUUUGCAAAUUGCUAAAAUUUCUCUCUUCUUCCUCCAAAUAUACUUCACAUUCUUGCCGACAAUGUGGAAUUUCCGGUCUCUCAUAUGCUUAUUAUUGCUCCUCUACUUCUCCGUCACAAUAGUUGCAGCUCAAAGUUCUAAAAAUGCAACCAAUAAAUGGCUCACACUAAACGGAGAUGCGCCAUUAGUCAUAGCCCGUGGUGGAUUUUCUGGAUUGUUUCCUGACUCAAGCUAUAAUGCCUAUAUGGUGGCAAUGGAAACUAGCUUGCCCAAUGUGAUUAUUUGGUGUGAUGUACAACUCACUAAAGAUGGGGUUGGCAUCUGUUUUCCUGACUGAUAUUUGUGCCAAAUAUCAUGUUUUGCGCCGUACGAUGACGACAAACGAUGGAAACUGUGCUUGAAAUGAUUGGAAUUCGUAGCAUAUGUCGAUUGGCUGAGGUGACGAGUCGAUGACCGCAAAGGACGAACUAAAAGGAGAGUUAAUCGACUGAAGAGACCUCGCUUUCCUUCCGUAUCGCGGAAGGAUCGCGAGAAGCUUCAGAACUUCAGGCCAUCGAGGUGCAUCGCGUGAAGAAAGCGGAACAACCAAACUCAGUCAUCAGUGUUGCGCGAUCCAUCCGCAUCGCGUGAAGAAGGCGAGAACCUGCAGACCAUUGCGCGAUCCUUCCGCGAUGCGGAAGGAAAGCGGGGAUCUGCGGAUGUUUUCCCGAUUAGACUAGGAUUUGGAUUCCUUAUUUAUUAUUUUUACCCUAGCCUAUAUAUAGACGUUUUAAUAGCUGAGAACGGUGUGCUGGGAUUAUUCAAGGAUUUGUAAGCCACCGUUCUCCUUUUUCUCUCUUUAGUUAUUUCACUUUUCAUUUUUUUCAACCCUAGUUUAUUCAUGGCUUCUUUUGUCUAUGAACGAAUCAUGAGUAGCUAAAUCUCUUAGUUCUAGGGUUGUGGCGAAAGACUUGAAAGUUGAUUUGAUGACAAUUAUUAUCUAUUGAGUUUCCAUAUUGUGGGUUGCUUAUUUAUUCUUGAUUUUAAUUGUUUGAUUAUCUGGCCAAUAGUUAGACACUAUCUGUGGUAUGUGAAUUGAACUUGAGAAAGGGAACUCACGUACGUAAUAAGAAUAAAUAAAGUUUGUUCGAUUUAAAUCGUUUCGCUACUGAGGAUAGAGAUAUACCCUUUAGCCCUACUUAGUUGAAUACGGUAAAAUAAAGGCGUUCUUGUUACAUCUGAUGACCAUAGAGAUAUAGGCAUUAGAGUAACAUCUACAGGCUUGUGAGUAGUUCGAGAGAAUAUCAUAAAGCAUAAUUAACCCGUCAACUAGUAACCUAGGAAAUAAAAUAGGUGGAAUUGUCUAAAGAUCAUCUGGAUUGUCGAAAGCCAUAACCCUAGAUCUUUCUCUCAUCUGAUAAUUCUUACAAUCUUUGUCAACAUAGUCCCAGUCAUAAAAACACCCAUCACAAAUUGUUUACUUUUCAGUUUUAGUUUAGCACAACAACCAAUCUUGAUUUUCACUUUCUUGAAUAGUUUCAUUCGAAUUUGAAUUAGCUUAACAGUAGAAUCUAAGUCCCUGUGGGAUCGAUAUCUGGACUUAACAGUCUAUAUUACUUGUACGACCACGUAUACUUGCGUGUGCGUUUGGGAGCAACACUGACCUCAAGCUUGACAAUGCUUCUGACAUUGAUGUUUAAUUCAAGAACAAGAAGAGUAAGUACUUAGUGAAUGGAGUUCCAAUGCAAGGAUGGUUCUCUAUCGAUUUCAAUUUCAAGGAUCUGGCGCCUGUCACCUUGAGGCAAGGAGUAUUUUCACGAACUGAAAAGUUCGAUGGAACACUGCAGAGAAUUCUUACUGUCCAGGAUGUGGUAAACCAAGUCAAACCUCCGGGGUUAUGGUUGAACAUCCAGCAUGACACCUUCUUCAGCCAGCAUAAUCUGAGUAUGAGAAGUUUUAUUAUAUCCCUGUCCAAGAAUGUUCUCAUCAACUAUAUUUCAUCACCUGAGGUGAAUUUCCUCAGAAGUAUUGUGGCACGAUUCAAUCCACGAGUUACAAAACUCGUUUUCCGGUUUAUCGGACAGGAUGAUGUUGAGCCUUCAACAAAUCAAACAUAUGGUUCUUUAUUGAAAAACCUCACAUUUAUCAAAACCUUUGCCUCUGGAAUUCUUGUUCCCAAAUCUUAUAUCUGGCCGGUGGACAACUCACUCUACUUACAACCAUAUACGUCGCUUGUCUUAGAUGCUCAUAAAGAAGGUCUUCAGAUUUUUGCAUCGGAGUUCGCAAAUGACGUACCUUUUGCUUACAAUUAUAGCUAUGAUCCCGCACCUGAGUAUUUGUCCUUUGUUGACAAUGGUGACUUUUCUGUGGAUGGAGUACUGUCUGACUUCCCAGUAACUCCAUCAGUGACAAUAGAUUGCUUCACUCAUUUGGAUAAGAAUGAUAAACCUCAAGCAAAGCUUCUGAUUAUCACAUCUGAAGGAGCAAGUGGAGACUACCCGGGUUGUACCAAUUUGGCAUAUACAAAAGCUGCUUCAGAUGGUGCAGACGUUCUCGACUGUCCUGUUCAAAUGGCAAAGGAUGGAAUACCCUUCUGCCUGGGUUCAAUUAAUUUGAUAGACAAGACUUCAGUUUCUCAAUCGCCGUUCAGCAAUAUUGCUAGUACUGUGCCAGAGCUUAACAUAACUAAUGGAAUAGUCACCUUUAACCUUACUUGGGAUGAGAUUAAGAGCCUGAAACUGUCAAUAUCAAACCCAUGGUCAGAGUUUAGAUUGUACCGAAAUCCAAAAGCCAGAAAUGAUGGAAAGUUUGUAUCAUUGGUGGAUUUCUUGACAUAUGCAGAAAAUGCCACAACUGUAUCUGGUGUCAUGAUCAGCAUAGAGAAUGCAGCUUAUCUGGCAAAUCAGGGAUUUGGUGUAACUGCUGCUGUGCGUGAAGCCUUAAGGAAUGCCGGUUAUAAUAAUCAGACAGCAAAGAAAGUUAUGAUCCAAUCAAAAGACAGUUCAGUCCUGAAAGAAUUUAAGAAAAGCCGCUAUGAACUUGUUUACAGGGUUGCUGAUGAUAUCAGGGAUAUUGAGAGCUCACCUAUAUCCGAGAUCAUGAACUUUGCUAGUUCUGUGAUUUUAACCAAGAAAUCCGUUUUCCCAAGUGAGAGAAAAUUUGUCAGUGGGCAAACAGAUGUGGUGCAGAAGCUGCAGUCAUCAAAUCUCCCAGCAUACGUUCAAGGCUUUAACAAUGAGUUUGUGUCUCAAGCAUGGGAUUUUUUCUCAGAUUCAUCUGUAGAGAUGAACAACUAUAUUGCUGGAGCUGGCAUUGAUGGUGUUAUAACAGAUUUCCCAGGCACAGCUGCUAGAUACAGAGGGAACCGUUGUUUGGGUUACAAAGACCCACCAAUGUAUCUUAGCCCUGUUGAACCCGGUGGUCUCCUACAAAUCAUGGCUCGUCAGUUAUUGUCACCAGCUGAAGCUCCCAACCCAAUACUUUCCGAAAGUGAUGUGGUUGAGCCACCUCUACCUCCUGUUGCAAAGAUAACCCCUACGGCGGGCAAUGAGUCUACAGCUGAUGCAGCUCCCACCUCUCCAAUCAGUAAAUCGACAGUUGUGGCUGGCAUUUUGACAUGCUGCCUUGCCAUUCUUCUUGAUAUUGUGAUCUUUUGAUCUCAGACUUGUUCGAGGCGUCCUAGAGAUGAAGCUAUGGAGAGAAAUUAGAUUAUCUUGAAAGGAAUAGAAUCAGAAACUGUAUUAUUGUAUUUACUAUCUCAGUACAACAAGUAUUAUAUACAUUGUUAAUAUCCUAA